GCUCAAGAAGGUCGUGUUCGCGCUUCGCCUCGAUCAACUUCGGCUCAAGUUCGGUUCGUUCGCGUUCGUAUCUGCAAGAUAGUAUACUGUAUAUAUAGAUACAUAUAACCCGUGAUCGCGAUCGCUUGUGUUCCCCCCGCCAAAACAAAAAUCAAAUUGGAUUAAUUCUCAGCAGAUUUCACACUGCUCCCCAAAGGCAAUUAAGGAAGUGAUUCGUGGACGUUGUCGCGAUGCGGUGCAGCAUGCAACCACUGAAACUCCGCUGUUAAAGCGUCAACAGCAAUUGCCAUAAUUGCCAUUGGAGCACAGCACAGACCAAUAACCGCUGGACCCACCAAAAAAUCCAAAAAAAAACCAAAACAACCCACCAACUCGAUCACCAUCUCGAUCCCAUCCCGGCACCCAAACGAAACUCGCCACACGAGCUGAGCGAUCGGCGGCAGGCACACAGAUUGUGCCGCAAAUCCAGCUGAAUUGUAACAGAGCCACGGAGCCGCGCCGGAACAUUGCGAAAAUCGCAGAAAUCGGAAAAAUCAGAAAAAUCGGAAAAUCCCAGAGAGCAGGCCGAAAAACCAGUGUGGUGUGGAGAUCAAUGAACGCGGCACGCAGCUGACAGCAUUCGGUAUCCACUUUUCCAGCAGCCAGCGGAGCGUAAGAAAAGCGAAACGGACCAGCUUUUCUUGGGCCGGCAUUCGUUCAAGUUCAGGCGGUGCCAAGCAGGAAGUGCCAGGCGGCUGCACCUUAAUUGGAGCCAGUGUCAUUACCACCACCAUCACCGGGUAGCCAGGUAGCCAGGCAGCCAGACAACCACCAUUCACCGCCGCUCAUCCUGCUCGAUGUAAGAUGUUAGUGGCCAAUACGAAGAGCAAUCGCAGUAGCCUCAGCACACGCAACAACUGGAGAUGGAGCCAGGUGGUGUUGGCCGUUAAUCUGUUUGCCUACUGCUGCUGUGUCACGCCCUCGGGUGCCACGCCCACCACGGCGGUGACCACGGCCGCCCUUUUGACCGGUCACCAAUUGCUGCCCUGGCAAACUGCGGGGUCGGCGGCGGCCACAACGCCCUCCACCGCCCGCAAUCUGUAUGCUCCUUACCAGAGCUUCAGCCAGCAGGAUGACAUAAGCUUCAAGGAUCUCCGCCAGCGCAGCGAUGGCACAGUGGUGCAGUCCUUCGGUUCCUAUCGCACUGCUCGGCAAAUGGGCAGCUCCACAGCCCAGAGGAGAUCCGAUUCCUCCGCCAACUCCCAGGUGGAGAUCAUACCUGCUCCCUCUGUGGAGCUCCCCCAGAGCGAGCUGAUCACAGUGCCCAAGCAGCUGGUGCCCACCAUGCCGGAGAAUGUAACGCGUCAGGGAAGGAGGCGGAACUACAUGUACAUACCGCUGCAAACGGAGGGGGAGAAUGGAUCCGGAGGAUCCUCGGCAGCCUUCCUCCAGCUGCGUCCCAGUCGGAAUGCCACGCUCUCCUCCCUGGGACCACCAGCAGAGGGAAUAGCCGCUGUGGCCCAUGAAUUUGCCGCCGAACUGGCCACCCAGGGCAGUCCGGAACAGCAACCCCUGGAGCUGGAACUCAAUCCAGAGCGCACGGAGCGCAGUGAUCUCCUGGCCGCCGCCAGUUCCACGGAUAAGCUGGAAUAUGCCGAGCCGGAGAACACCAGCCGGCGGGUGGGCUUCCAGUUUCCCAGCUACAGCCUGAAGCCAGCCAGUCCCUUCCAUCCGCAGGCCUAUCGCGAGGAUAAUCCCAUCUUCGGGGAGACCAGUGCCGGGGGCUAUGAACCACAGCCUUAUAGCGAGGAUGCGGCUCCUGUUCCGCCACCCACUCAGUACGAGCAGCAUGAGACCAGGCACACCAGACAGCUCUACUUCGAUUCGGAUUCGGCCUCCUCCAGCUUCGAGUUUCCCGGCCUGGUGAGCAACUCCAAGCCACAUGGAUUGAAACUUUAUCGAGAUGAUGUGACCAAGUUUGGGGACAUCAAUGGACCAAUUACCGCCUUGCCGCAGCAGAGACCACAGCGGGGCUUUUACUUUGGCGACACCGAGUUCCGGACUGGUCCUCCAGCUCCGGUUAGACAGUUUGGACCGCAGAAGAACUUCCAGGAGUACGUGGGACCCAGCGAGUACCAGGGAUCGCGCAAGAGCCGCUACUAUCCCUACAAGUCAUCGCGCAGUCCUAGGGUCGUCUUUCCCACCAGCGACAAUGUGGGCACCACCGGACCCAGUGGCCCCGCCGGCAGCAGUGGACCCUCCGGAAAUGGAGUGUACUUCAGCGAUAAUAUUGCUUUUAGGGACCAGAACUUUGGCAUCAACGAGCUGGCCGCCGUGCAGGAUGUGCGCAACGACUACAGUCUGCAGGAGCUGGACAGCGCCUCGGAGGCCACGAGUAGUCCCCAGUCGGCGAGCACCUUCAAGGAGAAAGUCGACAUCACAACGGAUACGGAGUGCCAGCACCGGGGCGGCACGUGCGAGUUCUUCCUGGGCUGCUGGCUCUCCGGCGGCCUCAUUCAGGGGACCUGCGACGGACUGCUGCGCGGCUGUUGCCACCGCACGGCCAAGUCGGCCAAUCUGGGCAGCUCGGACUUCGUCGGCAAUGCCGUAGAUCUCACCGAUCUGCCGCAAAAGAACUAUGGACCGGUCAACAACGAACCCAGCUGCGGCAUUUCGCUGGCCAAGCAGACCGCCCAGCGGCGAAUCGUAGGCGGCGAUGAUGCGGGCUUUGGAUCCUUUCCCUGGCAGGCCUACAUCCGCAUCGGUUCCUCCAGAUGUGGAGGUUCGUUGAUCUCGCGGCGCCACGUGGUCACCGCCGGUCAUUGUGUGGCCCGGGCCACUCCGCGCCAGGUGCACGUCACGCUGGGCGAUUACGUGAUCAACUCGGCCGUGGAGCCCCUGCCAGCCUACACCUUCGGAGUCCGGCGGAUCGACGUCCAUCCGUACUUCAAGUUCACGCCGCAGGCCGACCGCUUCGACAUCUCCGUUCUCACGCUGGAACGCACCGUGCACUUUAUGCCACACAUAGCUCCCAUUUGCCUGCCGGAGAAGAACGAGGACUUCCUGGGCAAGUUCGGUUGGGCCGCCGGCUGGGGAGCCCUCAAUCCGGGCUCUCGGCUGCGUCCCAAGACGCUCCAGGCGGUGGAUGUGCCCGUGAUCGAAAACCGGAUCUGCGAGCGCUGGCAUAGGCAGAACGGGAUCAACGUGGUCAUCUACCAGGAGAUGCUGUGCGCGGGAUACCGCAACGGGGGCAAGGACUCCUGCCAGGGAGACUCCGGAGGACCCCUUAUGCACGACAAGAACGGGCGAUGGUAUCUGAUUGGUGUGGUCUCCGCCGGCUACUCCUGUGCGUCCCGGGGACAGCCGGGAAUCUAUCACAGCGUCAGCAAGACGGUGGACUGGGUAUCCUAUGUCGUCGGACUCACGAUGAACAUCUAGAGGGCGACACUAAUUUAUUCUCAUCGCAUUCGCAUUCGCACCUGCCUGCUAAGUGGGCCCCAGAUUGUUUUGUACAUAACUCACUUCAUUCUGCUCCCGACUCCGCUUCCGAUUCACGCCGACUUAAUUUAUGGUUACACAAUAUAAUCUAUAUAUAUAUAUAAUUAUAAAUAAUAAUUUAACAAAUUAGCGCAGUACAAUUUAGCAGUUAGGACUGAUUGGCUGUGUGUGUCUGCAAGAUACACACGUGUGCGAUAUAUUUGCAAACACCCUAAAACCUUUAAAUUAAUUAUAUCUGAUAAUUACGGCCUAAUUUACUUAGUCAUAUGCGCUGUUAUGUAAUUUUAAAACUAUUUAUGAACUACAUUUCGUGUGUAAAUAAAUUAUACAAAAGUUGAAAUGAAUUCGAACCCGU